AUGGAUCUGGUGGCGGCGGGGCGCGGCGAGGCCAUCAAAUGGCUCCUGAACAAACUCGGGGCGCUGCUUGCUGAGGACUACACUUUGACCCGAGGCGUCCGUCGCGACAUACAGUACAUCACCGACGAGCUCGGCGCUAUGCAGGCGUUCAUUGGCGACCUCUUCUGCAUGGAGCCCCACGGCCACGACCUCCUGACAAGGGAUUGGCUCAAGCAGAUCCAUGAGGUCACCUACGACGUCGAGGACUGCGUCGACGACUUCGCCCACCGGCUGCAUCACAACCCCACCACCGAUCUUUGCUGCUACUCGUUUACCGCCUCCAAAGUCUAUGAGGUCUGGACGUGGUGGCCUCGCCACGAAGUAGCUUCUACUUUAUCUGAACUCAAGAUGCGGGUGCAGCAAAUCGGUGAGCGGUGCAUCCAGUGCAGCUUCGACAACCCAAAGACCAGCAGCGACAGGCCUGGUGAAGCUGCCAUUGGGUUCAACGCUGCAGAGAAUCAGCAGACAAGGCUUGCGCUUGAUAGAACCAAGACACCCGUGGGAGUUGAAAGGGACAUGGAGAUGCUUGGGAAAUGGAUGCUGACAGCUGAGGGGCCGGCAGAGACCAUUGCACAGCAACUUCCAAGCAAUAGCACCGUUGUCCCUGUGGAAGAACCUAAUGCAGAUCCAACAAACCAUGGUGUGCUGUGCAUAGUCGGAUUGGCAGGGGCCGGCAAGACCACAAUAGCCAGAUCAUUAUAUGAAAACUUCAGUGAUCAGUUUGACCGCAGGGCGAUGGUCACAGUGUCACAGAAAUCUGAUGUAGAGGCAGUACUAAGGAGUAUACUCUACCAGAUCAUGCCACAGGUUAGAGAAGGUACCAGGCAGCAGCGGUGGUGGGACACAUCUCAUGGUAGUAUUGGGGGCAGCACCUUGAAGAAAGCAUGUGAUAGACUACAAACGUUGAAACUUCAAAAACUCAAGAAAGAGCUUAAGGAGCACUUAGAGAAAUACAGUUACCUGCUCGUGCUGGAUGAUGUUUGUUCUACUGAUAUGUUGGAGCUGAUAAAGAAGUCACUGCCUAAAAGUGAGAAAGGUAGCAGAGUAAUUGUUACGUCAAGGUUCCAGGCUGUUGCCAGUGCUUCUGUAAGGAAUAAAGGUGAUUAUCUUUACAAGGCUGUAAUCCUCAGCACGGACAAAUCUGAAGAAUUAUUUAUGGACAUCAUGGCUGAAGCUAAAGGUUGCCAGGAACAGCAAGAUAAGAGCAAAAUUAUACCUGAACACUGGGAAAUGUGCAUGAGGCUGCCAUUGGCGAUAGUUAUCAUGGCUGGAUAUGUUGCCUGCAACCCUCAUAUUUCUGACUGGAAACAAGUUUUUAAGGAUCUGGUACCAGACUAUCUGAAACCUCUUUCCCAUGAUGGAUUAAUGUGCAUUAUUGAUAAUUGCUAUUUUGAUAUGCCACUUGAGAUCAAAAGAUGCUCUCUAUAUCUCAGUAUAUUUCCAAGCGGUUCGCAAAAUAGCAGGAAACGCCUCUUAAGAAAAUGGAUCUCAGAAGCUCUUGUCAGUGAGAAACAAGGAUUGAGCGUAGAAGAGGUCGCAGAAACAUGCUUCAAUCAUUUGAUAAAGAGACAGAUAAUUCGAGCUGUGAAGCACAGUAGCAAUGGAAAGGUGAAGACCUAUGAAGUUCAUCACAUGAUACAUGAGUAUCUUGUGUGCAAGGCGGGUGAAGAAAAUUUUCUCACUGUGGUUGGUGGCCAGUGGUUGGUGGCACCGCCCAGUAAUAUGGUUCGCCGUUUGUCACUUCAGAGUGAUGGUUUGAAGACUGAGAGUGCAAAAAAUAACAUGAACCUAUCCCAUGUGCGAUCGUUGAGCGUAUUUGGUACUUUGAAUGGGUUGCUUUCCAAGCCACAAAAGUUGAGAAUUGUGCAACAUUUGGAUCUUGAAGGCUGUACAGAUUUCAAACAAGAACACACAAAAGUUGUUUGUGAACUUUUUCUUCUCAAGCACCUCAGCCUCCGCAGAACAGACAUCACAAAGCUUCCUAAAGAGAUAGGGAAACUUCAGUAUUUAGAGACCCUUGACAUCAGGGAAACUGGUAUUACAAAGUUACCCAAAACUAUUUGCCAGCUGGAAAAGGUGAAGAAUAUACUUGGCGGGAACAAAAAGACACGGAAGGCAUUGAAGCUUCCUGUGGAUAUGAAGAAGAAGCCAAUAAAAUCCCUCUGUGUACUGUCAGGCAUCGAAAUUGUCGAAGGACCAUCUUCAGUAGCAGAUAUCCGUCAGCUGACCAAGCUGAGGAAGCUUGUAAUCUACAAGUUGAACAUCAAGAAUGAGGGUAAACUUUUCGAUGAAUUGAGGUUCUCCAUUGAAGAUCUUUGUGGCUACUCGCUCCAAACCCUUGUAAUUGAUGAUGGGUCUGCUGGUUUUCUCAGCUCAUGGGGUUGUCUCUCCUCCCCGCCCAAUUUUCUGAAUGCCCUUGAGCUGUCUUGCAAACUGCAGGCGAAAGUGGUUAAUCUCCCAAAAUGGAUCAUUGAACUGGACGCACUGACAAAGCUAACCCUCUCAGUCGGGAUGCUUAGCUCAGAUGCUUUGGUGCAACUUAGCCAGCUGAGGAAGCUGUUCUCUCUCACAUUUUCUCUUGAUGACGCAGAACAGGGUCUAGAAUCGGAAGCCACUUGCAGAUAG